AUGAGCUCACCACUUCGACCAAGCCAAUCCGCAGCAAAUCGCGGGUUGGGCAACCUGAACCGCCGAAAGAGAUCUCGCGAGCCCGAUGAUGAGACUUCUUCGAUCGCUGCUCCGCCAUCGAGUCCGCCGCCCUCGUCUCCUCCGGCCCCAUUUGGUGACGAUGAAAGCGACAGAGAUGAAGAAGCGGAAGCCCUCGGCGAUGUUGACGACCUUGAGGAAAUGGCAGAGGAUGAAGAUGGGAUUGAUCUGUUUGGUGAUAAUUUUGAGAGAGAUUAUCGGUCGACCGCCAAUGACCAAUACCGAGGGGAAUAUAUCGACGACGAUGAUCAAGUGCAAGAAGAUAUAGACCUUGGUGCGCGUCGGCAACUCGAAGCCCGAAUGUUCAAGAGAGAUCGUGAAGCAGAGCGUCGCCGUCGGAUGCCUGCAGCUUUCAUGCCGGAUGAUGAUGACGGUGACCUGGAUCUCACACGCCAACCUCGUCGGCGAAGGAACCGUUAUGACGAGGACCGAGAGGAUGUUGAUAUGGGCGAGGAGGCCAUGGAAGAGCUUACCCUGGAUGAGUUGCAGGACGUGAAGGCGUCCAACCUCACAGACUGGAUUUUACAGCCUCAGGUUCUGCGCUCGAUCUACCGAGAAUUCAAAGCCUUCCUGACAGAGUACAUCGAUGCGGCUGGCUCAUCGGUCUACGGUAACAAGAUUAAGACUCUGGGUGAGGUUAACUCGGCAUCGCUCGAAGUGUCCUACAACCACUUGGCUGAGGCUAAAGCGGCUCUUUCGUAUUUCGUCGCGAAUGAGCCUACCGAGGUCUUGAAGGUGUUCGACCAAGCCGCCCUUGAUGUUACUCUUUUCCAUUAUCCUCAAUACCACGAUAUUCACAACGAGAUCCACGUGCGCAUGACAGACGUUCCGACCACAUAUACCCUGCGGCAGCUGCGCCAGUCGCAUCUCAACUGCCUUGUUCGAGUCGGAGGUGUUGUCACCCGCCGGAGUGGCGUGUUUCCUCAGCUGAAAUACGUGAUGUUCAUCUGCCAGAAGUGUAACAUCACUCUUGGCCCGUUCCAGCAGGAGGCCAGUGCCGAAGUCAAGAUCUCCUACUGUCAAAACUGUCAGUCCAAGGGGCCGUUCACAGUGAACUCGGAGAAGACAGUGUACCGGAACUAUCAAAAAUUGACAUUGCAGGAAUCUCCUGGCUCCGUCCCAGCCGGGCGACUUCCGCGUCAACGUGAAGUUAUUCUUCUUGCCGACCUGAUCGACACGGCCAAGCCUGGUGACGAGAUUGAAGUGACUGGUAUUUACCGCAACAGCUACGAUGCACAGCUUAACAACAAGAAUGGAUUCCCUGUAUUCGCCACAAUUCUUGAAGCCAACCAUGUAGUCAAGUCGCAUGACCAGCUGGCUGGUUUCCGCAUGACCGAAGAAGAUGAGCGUCAAAUCCGUACCCUGUCCAAGGACCCCGAUAUUGUCGACAAGAUCGUCCGCUCCAUGGCACCCAGUAUCUACGGGCACCAGGAUGUCAAGACGGCCAUUGCACUCUCGCUCUUUGGUGGUGUCAGCAAAGAAGCUCAGGGUAAGAUGGCCAUCCGUGGUGACAUCAACGUUCUGCUGCUUGGUGAUCCCGGUACAGCCAAGUCACAGUUCCUCAAGUAUACUGAGAAGACAGCGCAUCGUGCAGUUUUCGCGACUGGUCAAGGAGCUAGUGCUGUCGGUUUGACGGCCAGCGUCCGCCGCGAUCCCCUUACCAGCGAAUGGACGCUCGAAGGUGGUGCUCUCGUGUUGGCAGACCGCGGUACCUGUCUCAUUGAUGAAUUCGACAAGAUGAACGACCAAGAUCGGACAUCCAUCCACGAAGCUAUGGAACAACAAACCAUCUCCAUAUCUAAGGCUGGCAUUGUCACCACGCUCCAAGCCCGUUGCGCCGUCGUUGCCGCCGCUAACCCUAUCGGUGGCCGCUACAACAGCACCGCCCCCUUCUCUCACAACGUUGAGCUCACUGAGCCCAUCCUGUCGCGUUUCGACAUCCUCUGCGUUGUCCGUGACACGGUCGAGCCAACAGAGGACGAGCGUCUCGCCAGCUUCGUCGUCGAAUCGCACUCCCGUGCUAACCCUGCCAGACCCCGUCGCAACGAGCAGGGUCGCCUGAUCGAUGACGACGGUAACCUAAUUGAUGAGGAGGGCUACCGAGUUGAUAAGGACGGAAUUCGCCUGCCUCUGAGGCCAGAUGAGAGACAGCGCCGCGAAGAGGAACAGCGCAAGGCAGAGGAAGAGAAGGAGGGCGAGAUCCCGCAGGAACUGCUCCGCAAAUACAUUCUCUAUGCCCGUGAACACUGCCGUCCCAAGCUGUACCAGAUUGAUCAAGACAAGAUUGCCCGUCUGUUUGCCGAUAUGAGAAGAGAGUCGUUGGCUACGGGUGCUUAUCCCAUUACUGUCCGUCACCUUGAAGCCAUCAUGCGUAUUGCGGAGGCUUUCUGCAGGAUGCGUCUGUCCGAUUUCUGCUCGUCACAGGAUAUCGACCGUGCCAUUGCGGUGACGGUUGAUUCGUUCAUCGGUAGCCAGAAGGUCAGCUGCAAGAAGGCUCUUUCUCGUGCAUUUGCGAAGUACACACUGUCGAGACCCAAGCCUCAAUCGAACCGCAGGGCGGGCUUUGCGACUCAGAACCCGCUUUUGAAACGGCGUCAACAACAGCAGCAGCGAGAGCAGUCUGUGGCUUAG